UACAUUUUCAAAUUCACAUUUCAAAGUAAUGCCUUGUCGUAGUAAAGUGUUGAUAAUUUUAGUGUUUUAUUCUGCAUUUGUAAGCGCAAAGCCGGCAAUUAACACAACGGACAAUAAUGUAAUAGAACAAUGCAACAAUGAUUGCCCUUCGGAGCAACAACCAGUAUGUGGUGCAUUAUAUUUAGGAGCCAGUAAGGGAUACAUAUUGUGUACUUUUCAAAAUAUUUGUAAACUAUAUUUGCAACAAUGCGAGAAACAAGAAAGAUGGAUUGCUCACAAUGGACGCUGUGAUUCGGAAAGCCGUUGUUUUACUCGGGAUGAUCGUGACAAUGCUGCUGUGGUCAUGUUGCUAGCGAAACCUGAGACAAGCUUUGGAGCAAAAUUAUUAGGACUAGCAUACUUUUUUGAGCGUAGUCUCUGGAAUUCAAUCCAGAAAAACGAAAAUCAAAUGAAAAGUUACUAUUAACAAGUAAGGAAAGGCAAA